AUGGGUUCCUGCGUCUGCUUACGUCAUCACUUCUGCUACAGUGGUGGUGUGAGUACUGGUGCAUUUCAAAGAAGGGGACUUUCUACUCUGUUUGGAAAGGGGGUUGUUACGACGCCGUUUUAUGAGUAUCACAGAAACAGAAGAAGAAGAGUGGAGGCGUCUGUUGCUACUGGGUUUAAGGAGCAAGAGCUGAGGAGCCCGGACCUCGUGGCCUUGGAAUAUGCUGAUCUUAAUCUCAGCCACAAUGUUACCCAGGAACUGGGUCAUGUGAGAAUUAGGCAACAUGUGAACCCUCUUAGCUCUUCUUUAGCUGUACCUGUGGAAGUACCUGAUUGGAAUCAAGUAUUCAAGGACCCAACAUUGCCUCUCAUGGUGGACAUUGGAAGUGGUAGUGGUAGAUUUCUCAUGUGGCUGGCGAAAAGAAACUUGGUUUUGAGGAAUCAUUUGGGACUGGAAAUACGGCAGAAACUUGUCAAACGUGCUGAUGUUUGGGUUAAAGAGCUCAGUCUUAGUAAUAUACAUUUUAUGUAUGCGAAUGCCACAACUUCUUUUAAUCAACUAGUCUCUUCCUACCCUGGACCACUGAUGCUUGUUUCAAUCCUGUGCCCAGAUCCGUAUUUUAAGAGAAAGCAUCACAAGAGACGGGUUGUACAGAAGCCUUUAGUAGAUUCCAUUGUGCAUAACUUGGCUCCCAGCGCACAGGUGUUUAUACAGUCAGAUGUACAUGAGGUGGCACUUGAGAUGAGAAACCAAUUUGAUUCUGUGCAUGUUCUGAAGCACAUAGAUGAAAUUGACUCCAGCGUGUUGAGUGACAGUGAGGGAUGGUUGUUGAGCAAUCCAAUGGGAAUAAGGACGGAAAGAGAAAUUCAUGCUGAAUUUGAAGGGGCAAAAAUUUACAGGAGAGUGUACCAGAAGCAAGUCAACUGUUUUUGAUAGAGAUUGAUUUGUAGAGUAUGGUUUUUUGGAAUGUGAAAUGUAAUUCAGAAUCAAGUCAACGGUUUUUGAUAGACAUUGGUCAUGAUCUGUUUUUGAUCAAGUCCUGUGAUAUAUCACAAGUAGCACAAAACUCUCUGGCAAACCACUUAGCAGUUAGCACAUACAGCAAUA